AACAUAAUCUAUCUAUGAAAUCUGACUGUUCUGACUGAGUUUGGCUUGCUCAAAUUAGGGAAAGGAAAUUAGGAAUCAGCCAUCAAGGAUGAGUAAUCAAGGAGAUGAGUGCCUGCUGGACAGAUUACCCGACGAGGUGCUAGAAUUCAUCCUGUCAAAUGUGUCUCCCUAUCUUGAAUUGCAGAACUGUUCUCUCGUUUGCAAGAGGUGGCGAGAGCUAGUAAAAUCCGUCCGAAGAAGGAUCAAGUACAAUUUCAUGCAAGCCAUUGUUGAGUUCAACACCAGGUGGAUAGAAAUACCAGAAGUUCACCACUUCGUUCUAACAAUCGCCAAGAGACAUUCGCAUUCUGCUUGCUGCCAUGAAAACUCGAUGUACAUAUUUGGUGGAUGUACUUCUACCUCUUCAACCUAUAACGAUCUUUGGAAAUUAGAUCUCACCAAAAGAUUAUGGGUCCGUCCCCUUACAAUGGGCACGUAUCCCACCCCAAAGGCUUGUGCUUCAAUGGUCUGUUACAAAGGAAAACUGAUUCUCUACGGAGGCUGGAGUUUUCCUUCACCAUACCCUCUCCACCAGGCAUACACCUUAUUCAAUGAGCUGCAUGAGUAUUGUAUUGAUACCAACCGAUGGACUGCUUUGAACACAAUGACAGCUCCACCAUCAAUCGCUGGGCACAGUGCCACAAUCCAUGGUUCCAAAAUGGUUGUCUUCGGAGGAAUGCAGAAAGUUUCACAGUCAAAUUUUGAAAGGUCAAACCGAGUUUGGGUGUAUGAUUUUGAGACGAAUGACUGGUACCAUCAGCUAACUUCUGAAAUUAAACCAAAACCCCGCUUUGGCCACACUCAGAUCAAGCUGAGCGACACUCACCUUCUGAUCAUUGGUGGGGGAAGGCAAUACCCUGUCGUUUUUGAUGAUGUUUGGCUGCUGGACAUGAGCUGUGAAAAUCCAAAGAAAGAGUGGGUCUGGUCGCAGAUUGAAGUGAUUGGAAAAUACCUUCCCAACAAAGCAUGGUGCAAUUCUUCUGUGAAGGUUGGCCAGUAUGUGGUGACUUUUGCUGAGAACAUUCACGCAACUACUCUUCCCAUCUCCAAAAAGAACUUCAAACUUGGAUCAAAUAUAUGGGUUCCUCCACGCGAAGAUGAGAUUCCUGUUGAAGGACCUGCACCAAAACGAGUUCCCAUGGCGAGAGACAGAGACGUGAAUGUAAAUGGGCGACGAGGAGUGCUCCAGAGACGAAACAUCAGUUCUAGUAGCGAAGAGAGUGAUGCUGAGAACCCAACUCUUAAUCAGCCUCGACCCAGCAUUUCUAAUCUCCACGCUCGGCCAGGUGUAUCAGCAAUUGCCCAAAAUCCCAGCAGACCACAAGCGCAACAUAACAGGCUCAGGAACAGAGAAAGACAGAUGGAAACUUUGAGAAGAAUGGAAGCCCUGUACAAAAACAAAAACCCAAGCGCUCGCAAGCCUGUUGAAGUUCCAAAACCAAAAAGCACUCGGAACACAAUGGCCAUGUAUGUGCUAGACAUUUCGGAAGUUCUGACCCACAAAAGGGCCACUUGGCUGCCUCCAAAAGUUCCAUCAGAACCCUCUUAUGCACCUGAGAGCACUGUUCUAUACUCGCUGGUUCUUGGGAUGAACGAGCUCAUCAUGUUUGGAGGAGUCGAGAAGGAUGACCAAGAACUUAACAACUAUGAAAACACAGCAUGCUCACACUUAAGGAUUGUUUCGGCACCUAAAGAUAUAAUAUAAUUUAAAUCCUGACAGCUUUGAGUAACACCUGAAUUUAAAUUUAUUUGGUUCUGACUGUUGCCAAAAUAAAACAAAUACUGCAUGUAAAUUAAAACUUGCAAAUUUAA